CGUCGCCGAAUCCUUCUCCGUCGACGGUGGGCAGCCGAGGGGAAAUUAAAAGUAAAGAGCAGGGGGAGAAAAGGUUGGCGUGGGUGGGAAAAGACGAUCCAAAGUUCACACCCUUUUUCAGUUUCCAUCUGGGCGGUUGUCAGUCAAGAUUGAACUCGACAAAAUUAUAUUUUUUUUACCUCAUAAAAUUACGCCGCAGCCAGAAAGUGCCUGAGCCCCAGGCCAGAGGAAAACCGAGCACGAUGCCUUAAGCUGCACCAAGGAGGCUCACAGGGUCCUGUGCUGCAGCUGAAGACGGAAGCUGGAUUAUUGCCAGUAAUCCUCAGCCAGGAUUUAAAAAUUGGUCUUGUUUACUGAGUGCUUGUUUCCUGAUGCUGAAGCUCUGGAAUUCUAUCCUUAAAACCCAGCUACCUCUCCAUAUCUCUGUCCCCCUUGCUCUCGAAGAUACUUCUUCAAACCAACCUGACUAGUGCUAAGAAGGGCAUAGAUGUUUUCGGCUGGGCCAGCCUUUAAUGCCUGUUCCUGCUCGUCCUUUAGAAGGUGGUAGUGAACUGCCAUCUUGGAUUGCUGCAUUCUCCCUGGUAUAGGGAGAAGUAAAGGCUUCCUCAGUUCUCUGGUAGCACUUUCUUGGACCUCCAGAUGAUGUACUAGUGCCUUGCAACUACCAGGCGAUGAGCUGAGUUUGUGCAACGCCUAGCAGAGUAAGCUAAGUGACGGCGCUGGAGCGGCUAACAGGCACACUUGACGCUGAAAGAUUUUUACGACAGGUCAUUGAAAGGGUCCCAACAUGGGAGCAGCCGAGGAUGAGCUGAUUGGGAUUCCCUUCCCGGAGCACAGCAGCGAGCUGCUACAUAGCCUCAACGAACAGAGGCGCAAGGGGCUGCUCUGCGACCUGACCAUCGUGGCUCAGGGGCUGGAGUACCAGACUCACCGGGCCGUACUGGCUGCCUGCAGCCAGUACUUCAGGAAGUUGUUCACUGCCAGGCCCUUCCGAGGCCAGCGAGAUGUUUGCGAGCUGGACUUUGUGCAUCCCCGGGUGCUGGGCGCCCUCCUGGAGUUCGCCUACACGGCCACGCUGACCGUCAGCAGUUCAGACAUGAGGGAGGUGCUGCAGGCGGCCCAACUGCUGGAGAUCCAGUGUGUGACUGACGCCUGUGCCGACAUCCUGCAGAGCAGCGGCGUCUCCGAGCCACCGCAGCCAAACCCUGACCCUCCAGCCGUCUACGCUGGAGCCAGUGUGUACCCAGAAGGCCCAGCCCAGGAGGAGGAAACCGCUCCGGCCGUGACUGACCUCCAGACUCUGGAGGUGCCCAAGGUCCGGCGCCGCAAGAGGCCCAAGAAGCUGCCCCGGCUCUUGCUGAACCACCGCAGCAGGAGCCUAUACCGUAUUGUCCAGCCACUGCAGACCUCCAUGGAUACGGACGGCGAACCAGACCAGAGGCAACCGAAAGCCUGCCGGGGAGAGCUGGAGCCCAGCGCUGGGACUGUCGGCCACCAGGGGGGCGAGGGGGACGGCAGUUUCCUCAGCCAGGAAGGCGGGGGACCGUCCUGCCACCAGCUGGUCUCCUCCUCCCCUCUCCCUCCUCUUGCCGGCGACGAAGAUGGUGCUGAACUACCUGCCUCCACCUACCUGAGCCUGGUCAGCAAUGGCCUCCUCGGUGACGGGACACAGUCCUUGCUCGACAGGGCUCCCGGGGCCCGCCGCAGGAAAUCACAGAUGCCCCAGGAGUGCCCCAUCUGCCACAAGGUCAUUCACGGAGCGGGCAAACUCCCACGGCACAUCCGCACGCACACGGGUGAGAAGCCGUUUGCCUGCCAGGUCUGUGGCGUCCGCUUCACCAGGAAUGAUAAGCUGAAGAUUCACAUGAGGAAGCACACAGGCGAGAGGCCGUACUCAUGCAACUGCUGUGAUGCCCGCUUCCUCCAUAGCUAUGACCUGAAGAACCAUGCCCGACUCCACACUGGGGACAGACCCUUUGAGUGCAGCCAGUGCCGCAAGGCCUUCGUACGUAUUGACCACCUCCAACGACACCUGAAGGGCCAGAACUGCCUGGAAAUCCGCACCAGGAAACGCCGAGGUGAGAGCCAGGGACUACAGGAACACCCGGUCAACUUGGCAGUGGAUGGCGCCUUUCCAGAAGAAUAUGGGAUCGAGAUAGAGACCCCAGGGAUAGACUGCAUCUUCCCAGAGGGAUACAGGAUCAAAAGGGAGAACCCUAGAAAAGAUGGCACGUUCUCAGAAGAAUAUGGGAUUGAGAAGGAAUCCCCAGGAAUUGAUGGUGCAUUCCCAGAGGGGUAUGGGAUCAAGAAGGAGCCUUCGGUGACUGACAGGAAGUUCCCAGAGGGAUACGGGAUCAAGAGGGAAUCCCCAGGAAUUGAUGGCGCAUUCCCAGAGGGAUAUGGGAUCAAGAGGGAAUCCCCAGGAAUUGAUGGUGCGUUCCCAGAGGGAUACGGGAUCAAGAAAGAGCCCUCAGUGUCCGACAGAAAAUUCCCAGAGGGAUACGGGAUCAAGAGGGAAUCCCCAGGAAAUGAUGGUUCAUUCCCAGAGGGAUGCGGGAUCAAGAAGGAGUCCUCAGGGAUCAGCAGGAAAUUCCCAGAGGAAUACGGGAUCAAGAAGGAGCCCCUGGCAAUAGAUUAUACCUUUCCAGAAGGAUACAGGAUGAGGGGGACACCUCUGGGACUAGACAACACAUUCCCAGAGAGAUACAGGAUGACAGUGGAGCCCCCACAAACAGAAGGAGACAGUGACAUGGAUGACUCACAAGAUUGGGGCCACAGCACAGCCAAAUGGAAUAGUCAGCCAGGGGAAGACGUCCUAGUGGAUCCCUCAUAAUCUGACCAAGCACGGUUAUGUUUUUUAUAAAUUGUUGCAGAACUCCCCUGCUCAAACCUUUGCAUAUUUUCUGCUUCAGAGGGACCGUGAAGCGGGUCUUUGGGAGGCAGGGAUUUUUAAAAAUAUGCUUUAAGCAUCUGCCUCUAUGCACCUUUUUAAUGUUUCUGGGAUAAGUGGCAACUGUUGCGAUGAAACACUUCUUGCGUGUGUGAGUGAAUGUGUGUGUGCUUGUGUAAAUGUGCAAGUAUUGUACAUGCAUGCAUUUGUGUCUGAGUGAAUGUGUGUACUUAUGUAAAUGUGCGAGUGUGUGUGCACAUGUAUUGUGUCUAAGUGUGUGUGCAUUUGUUUGUGUCUGAGUGAAUGUGUGUGUAUACAUGUAUAAAUGUGCGAACGUUACGAUAGGGAAUAGCCUCUCUGAUAAUUAAACUGAAACACAGGCCCAAUCUGUUAUAACGGGAUUAGGGGUUCUCCUCCUAAUAAUUACCCUGAAACACCCAGUGAAGCUUGUCUUUCCCCUCAUAAUCUAUUAAAAGAGUGGUUAAAUGAAAGAAAAUCCCUGAUCUCCACUUUACAUGUGACAAAAAACAAUUUAUUUAUUUAACUCAACAAUGAACAAAUUAACAAAAUUACUAACAAACCGUCAAUUCCCCUUUAGACUACUAACUACUCCCUAACUGGCCUAAAUUCUACUGGAAUGCUGUAAACAAAGACAAGUCUCACUAAUAUAAACCCAAUUAAGAAGAAGCAAUAAAUUAUAACUUAGUUUGUGUGAGCUUGGAGAGAGUAUCUUCUGGAAUCUUCUGUUAUCUCCGGUCUCGUCACAAAUGCCUUUCUUCCAUUAAUUCCGCUGUCAGGGAUGUUUUAUUUGUAUAAUUUCUUCAAUGAGGACUUUGAGCUAAAAUACUGUGGUACCUUUGUUUUAAAGUUUUUGAGAAGAUUUGUAUCCACAAUCAGUGAAACUAAUCUAAUAUACAAAAUACUACGCAAGGACUGUGAAAAACAUUACAUAGACCAAACUGGAAGAAAACUGACAAUAAGGAUACACAAACACCAACUAGCCACUAAGAGACAUGACUGGUUCUCACUAAUCUCGAUAUACACGGACAAAGAAGGACAUGAAUUCGACUGGGAUAACCCAUCCAUAAUAGCACAAGCCAAACAGAGACACACCAGGGAAUUCCUGGAGGCCUGGCAUUCCAACCAGAACUCCACCAACAAACACAUUGAACUAGACCCAAUACACAAAGCAUUGAAAAACAGAAUCGAAAGUAAUGCCAACCAUCCCAGCAAACUGAGGGAUAUAAAGAACAAGCGGGACAGAACACCCAACGCUUCACCGGAGGUGCACUGACAAUGAUGCUACCUAGCAGGGUGACAAAACGUCUGCAACCAAACACCGGGCUCAGUAAGCAAGUCUAUAACCUUGGUACCUUUGAUUAAUUCAAUGGACUUUCUCUGAGAGCUGAAUGGUACUAAUGCUGGGAGGUGAUGCUCUCUUUCACAUGGUAGUUGGCUCUCCCUGAUUUUCCAAAUGUUCUUGUCUUGUAGACCCAUAAUAACAUAAUCAAAUUCUUAUAGUAUGAUUGGUUUCAGGUUGUCAACACCAUCAGAUUUAAGUUCACUUGCCUUUCAGUUUGCUUUUAAACUAGUUGGCCUCAUUCGAACUCGUCACAACAUCAAGACAAGACUGCUGUUUUGCUUGCCAACAGUAAGGCUUUUUUGAUGCGUUUGUUUCGCUUUUUAAGACUUUCUGUACUGGCAGCUUCAGGCACUGCUCACAGACAUAUUUUUCUAAAAAAAAAUUGAGAGUACAGUUAAACUGCACAUCUCUUAAAGGAACUGCCCAUUUUAUCUUCUUACCUUCCACUUCACGAUUACUUUACCCAACUUCAGAACACGAGUGUGUGUGUGUGUGUGUGUGUGUGGAUAUGUUUGUGUCUGAGUGAAUGUGUGUACGUGUAUAAAUGUGCAUGUGUGUGCACACGUGCGUGCAUUUGUAUGUGAGUGAAUGUGUGUAUACAUGCAUAAAUAUGAGAGUAUGUGUGUAUGUGCACGCAUUUGUAUGUGUUUGAGUGAAUGUGUGCAUGUAUGUGUAAACGUGCGAGUAUGAGAUUGUGUAUAUCUCUACAUAUGAGUGUGUGUGUAUGUAUGUCUGGGAUAAUUUGGAGUUACUUGUUUUCUGAAUGUUCUCACUUUGGUAGCGAGAAACAGUUUAUCUCUGAUGCAAUGCCCAGUAUACAGGCACAAGUGUCAGGCACAUCCCUGGUGGAAUGUAGCCCUGAUGGGUACUGGUAUCAGGCUCUCUGGGGGAGAGACACAGAAGCUGCCGAGUAGUUUUCUCCAGAGGGUUAGUAUUGGCAUGCUUUGGUGAAAUUGUGACAUGUGAUGUUGGCAAGGAGCGUGAGCACAUAAAGGCAGUAGGACUCUGUCCUCUGCUUUCCGUUCCUGGAGAGAGCCUCCCUUCUCCUUGGCCUUGCUGUCCUGCACUUGCACUUGGCUCUCAAUGUCCCAGCAUAGCGAUCGUUUCCAAAUCCCCAGAGUGGUGUUCGUUCAGCCUUUGUUCCUCGUCAUACCUUCCCUGUUGAGUUCUCCUUCCCCACCCAUCAUCCCUCCUCUCUGGGGAAGCAAGCACAGCUCUUGCCAAGAACUCUGCUCCCAGUUAGGAGCCGCAUGCAGAAUCAGCUCACUAAACAAGAAUAAAGUUCUGAAUCGUUGGGAAAACAGUUGAUUCCACUAGUUUAGCACCUAUCCUCAGGGUGACAAGAGUGAAGGUAGAUUUGAAAUAUUAAUAUAUUUUAAAUUAUGUAUAAAACUAUAUUAAAAGGUAUAAAUGUUGCUGCCCUAUGCGUGUGUGUGAAUGUGAAACAUUAUCAGCAAAUAUAGUAACAACUUUAUUUAAUUACUGAUCAGAAAAUGAACCUUUUUUAUACAAUACAUGAGGUUUUGAAAUUUUGCAUCUUUUCAUAUAUACCUGUAAUUGAGUUUGAUUGUCUGUCUGCUGUAGACUGUUGCCUCUUUUUAAUGCGCGCGCUCGCUCUCUCUCUCUCUCCCUCUCUCUCUCUCUCUUUCCUUCCCUGUCCACCUCCUUUCCCCGCUCCUGGAGGCAUGCAGUUUGCUCAGUGUGCACUUUCCUGGUUCCAAAUCAAUGCAAGUGACGGAUCGCGGAUCCCAGUCGCUGCUUGCCCAGUGGUGAGCCAGGACUUUGGGACAUUGGUCCACCCUCGUUUACCGGACACUGUGACAUGAUCCUAACAAAGGGGGGCUGUUGGUCAGGCCAUGAACCCCUCGGCCCAACAAAAAAAAAUGCCUAAAAGCACUUUUUGUUUUCUUAUGGAGUGGGUAACUUGGCUGGCUCAGUAAUGUACCCAGUAUCUAACCCCGUGCAGCCCCUGUAAUGGGAGUGUUUGAUGGGGGGACAGUGUAGAGGGAGCUUUACUCUCUAUCUAACCCCGUGCUGUCCCUGUCCUGGGAGUGUUUGAUGGGGUGUCAGUGCAGAGGGAGCUUUACUCUGUCCCAAACCCUCGUGCCCUGCUUCUACCUUGCUUUCUGACCAUGGAUCGAGAAUUCCAUCCUUGUCAAGGAGUGUGGUGAUCCAUUUUAAAUCACUGGGGCUCUGGUGCGGAAUCCAUGCCGGGGGUGGGGGGAGCGGGGAGCGGUUGCGGGGAGGUUGGGUCUCCCACACUAUCCUAGAGAAGCUGCAAACAAGGCAGUUGUGGGUGAUGGGCCAGAAGGGCAUGGUGGGGGCAGACUUGAGUACUGAGCCUGAGUGAAGCCCUGGACGAUCACCCUCUCUCCUCCGAUACUGCCGCAUCGGAAAUGGAUUGUAUGUGUGUGUGGUGGUGGGCUAGCAAUUGUAGCCAAAUGCUGGAAUUCUGACAGAGGUACCUCACACAGAGGGUAGCAGGCUGAUGCCCUUGACGUUGUUGGACUUAUCAUUGGAGCGUGGCUCCAACUCUUGCACUUGCUGCACUGUCAGUCUUUCUGUUCGGUGUUUAGACUGUAGCCUAGUUGCACUUUAACUUCUGAUAGCUGUCUCCCCCCCACCCCCCGCCCUCACCAGCGUGUUUUGCUUAAUUUUACCUCUCCAGCCUGUGGACCUGAUUUUUGGAGGGGGUUCCUACGUGCACCUUAUUGAGUUUUUGUUUGUUUGUUUGGUGUGUAACCCGGGUUUCUAUCCAGUGACCCGGCUUUGCAGACUGUACUACACCAGGGGCCAGAUCCCCAUUGUCUGGUGACACUGGACAUUCCUCUGAAGUUUUUAACCUUCCAAGAGAGAUUUAAUUUGAUGUCAAGUGUUUUUAUUAGGUUUUCGAAAUGAUAUUUUGGAGUUUUUAAACCUUAAGAAUGCACUUGUUAUCAUGCAAGAUGAUUUUAAUUUUUUUUUUGUUGUGCGCGUGCAUUCCCUUGCUGCCUGUAAAUACUGUCUUUUUAUAAAAAAUGGAAAAGAAUGUGCCUUAAUUAUGGUAGCUUGUUUCUCA